AUGCGACGGCCUGGCGAGGACGAUAGCGAAUCCGUCUUUGAUAGGGAGGCCGCAGGAAAGAUUCCGGAAAGCUCGGAGCCAUCCAGCCCGAUCACCACCCACGAAAGCCACCCGGUGGCGAGGAAACCUACCCCCGCCGCCCCUCCGCCCCGGCGCAAACGACCAGAAAGCGUCAUCCAAGACCGCCACGGGAGCGCCAGCACUGCGGCUACCCACACGGUACCUGAGCUACGUCGCAAAAACUCGGCAGAAUCAACCCGCUCGCGCUCCGAAAGCAUUCGCUCAAUCGCUCCCGCCCCGCCACCUUCGCGCCGACCGACGGUGAGCCAUAGGCCUACAGGCUCCAAUGUGUCCCUAUCGACACAACCCUUCCCUUCCCCGCCUCUGCCAUCACCCCAUAUCGCGAUGCUGGAUGCGACGCACUACCCUACUAGCCCCCAGCCUAUCGCCAGUCCCUCGUCGGUCGGAGGCAUGUCGGGCACAAAGGUGGCGCCACCCCCGCCGCCAACGAGGGCCGCCUCAACAAGACGACAGUCAAGCACGAGCAGUAUCGAGGCAGUUUCGAGGCGUACAACCCCCGUACCCCCGCCUCCUCCUCGUCGGACCCGCGGUGGCAGUCGCGGCAGUGUUGACCUCGCGCCGAGUAAUGUGAGAGUUGUUAGCGGAGGGGAAGGCGCCCGUAGCCCUCAUGCACCAGUAGAAACUCUUCAAGAGGUAGACGAAGGCUUCGGCGCUGCCACGGCUGAUGCGCCGGCCCCUCCUGACGAUGGCCAGGCAGGCGCUAUUCUCGCUGAUCUUGACGCAUUGCAACGUGAGGUGGAGGCACUACAGCAGCAAUACGCUUCAGCCCAUGGUGGCAAGUGA